AUGGUUGCCAACAACAACAUCCCUACUAAAUUCCCCAAUCUCAAGCCUAGAGGCCCUGGCGGUGAAGCCCUGUUGGCUGCUGAAAGAGCAAAGACUUCAUUCGAUGUCAAUGCGCUCUCCAAGUAUAUGUACAGCCAAGAAUGGCUUGAAAAGAUGAACAAUGUUUUGCAAAUCAUUGAAAAUGAGCCUGCGUUCGACAAGACCAGCCGCUACUAUCAAAGUCGCCCUGACAAGAUUUCCACUGGUCUUUGGAAGGAUAAGCGUAUGGCUGAAUUGGCAAUUGAGCACAACUGGGACGACCAAGACUCUCAAAUAGCCAAUUUCCUCUAUGAUCAAUCGACUCCAUUCUCCCUUCACUAUGGCAUGUUCAUCCCCACGUUGAAAUCUCAAACCACCGAUGAACAAAAGAAGCUUUUCCUCGAGCGCGCAUUAAAGCACGAAAUCAUUGGCUGUUAUGCUCAAACUGAAUUGGGUCAUGGCUCCAAUGUCCAAGGUCUUGAAACCACGGCCACCUACAUCCCAGAAACCAACGAAUUUGAAAUCCACUCUCCCACACUCACUGCUGCUAAAUGGUGGAUUGGUGGUCUUGGUAAGGCUGCCAACCACGCUAUUGUCAUGGCUCGUUUGAUCACAGACGGUAAAGAUUUGGGCCCUCAUCCUUUCUGUGUCCAAAUUCGUAGCUUGGAAGAUCACACUCCUCUUCCCGGAAUCACUGUAGGUGAUAUUGGGCCCAAGUUUGGUUUCAAUGCUGUUGAUAACGGCUUCAUCAUGUUUGAUCACUACCGUGUGCCCCAUAUUGCCUUUUUGGCAAAGUACUCUCAAGUCAAGCCUGGCACCGGUGAAUACAGCAAGCCUCCUAACGCUAAGCUCUCUUACGGCACCAUGGUCUUUGUCCGUGCCAACAUCGUCAUGGGUGUCAGAUAUGCUCUUGCCAAGGCUACUACCAUUGCCGUUCGCUACUCCACCAUCCGUCAACAAUUUGUCGAUGCCGCUAAUCCUAAAAAGUGGGACAACAAGGUCAUUGAGACACCUGUGCUGGACUACACCAUGCAACAAUACCGCUUGUUGCCAAUCAUUGCCUCUGCUUACGCUUGUUUCUUCACUGGCCGUGAAAUGUACCGUCUUUAUGAACUGAACCAACAAGAAAUGCAAAAGGGCAACUUUGGCCUUUUGGCUGAUCUUCAUGCCAGUUCUUCUGGUCUCAAGAGUUUGACGACUACCAUGGCUUUGGAGUCCUUGGAAGACUGUAGACGUGCUUGCGGUGGUCAUGGCUACAGCAUGUUCUCUGGCUUGGGCCAAUUCUACCAAGACUAUCUCCCCAACGUCACUUGGGAGGGUGACAACUACAUUCUCACUCAACAAACCGCUCGUUAUUUGCUCAAGACAUUCCGUAAUGUGCUUGCUGGAAAGGCCGAACCUUCUGAGCACAACCAAACCAUCAACUACUUGACUCAAUACCUUCAGAACCCCAAGGCCAGGUGCCCUGCUUCCAGCUCUGAGGAGUUCCUCAAUGCUGAAUUGAUCUUGUCUGCCUUUGGUUUCCGUGCUGCUUACGGUAUCGCCAAGGUUGCUGAGCAGCUUGAUCGCCACGGCCGCUCUUGGAACAGCAUGUUAGUUGAAAUCCGCAACAUCUCCAAGGCUCAUUGUCAAUUCAUGUUGGUCCGCAACUUCCUUGUUACCCUUCAAAAUGACGCUGAACUUGCCAAGCCCGAGAACAAAUCCUUGCUCGCCAUCUUGAAGACCAUGUCUUUCCUCUUUGCUCUUCACACCAUAGAGAAGGAGCUCUCUGAAUUCCUGUUGUCUGGCUACUUGUCUCCUGAGCAAAGUGCUAUGUUGAAGGAGCAAAUCCUUUCUUUGCUUGACAAGGUUCGUCCUGAGGCUGUGGGUCUUGUUGAUGCCUUUGCUUUGCCUGAUUACUACCUUCACUCUGCUUUGGGUCGCUAUGAUGGUCGUGUCUAUGAAUCAAUGACCAAGAUGGCUGAGGCUGAGCCUUUGAACCAUACUCGUGUUGUUGCUGGUUAUGAGGAAUUUAUCAAGCCAUUUGUCCAUAAAGGAAAGAAUUUGGCUAUUGCCAAGGAUGAAGCUUCUUCAAAGCUUUAG